AGUGACAGGCUCCACCUCCCACGGUACUCCUUGCUUGUUGGUUGUUACCAGGCAGACAGCAUUUCCAACAUGGCAGCGUCAAGCAGCGCAGAGCAAACGCAGUUGCAAGAUAUGGAGGAGGAAGAUGCAGGAAUGGAAGAGAGGGAGAUGGAAUCGGACGGAGAGGAGGAGGAGGGCAUGGGAACAGAAAAUUCAGACGAUGAAGAUGACGAUACAUCGGAAGACGAGAAAGAAAAUGAAGCCGAAAUCCAACGUCUGGAGGAGCAGCUGUCGAUAAAUGCUUUCGACUACAACUGCCAUGUCGAUCUCAUCAAACUACUGAAGCAGGAGGGAGAGCUUUUCCGUCUGCGAAAGGCAAGGCAGAAGAUGAGUGAACUCUUUCCCCUCACUGAAGAAAUCUGGCUAGAUUGGCUCAAGGAUGAAAUACGUCUGACUGGGGAGGAGCCAAACCGGGAGAAAGUUUAUGAACUUUUUGAGAGAGCUGUAAAAGACUAUAUCUGUCCGGAUAUCUGGCUUGAAUAUGCUCAGUAUUCAAUCGGUGGCAUGGGGUCACCAGGUGGGAUAGACAAGGUGAGAUCCAUCUUUGAAAGAGCUGUGACAGCUGUGGGGCUUCACAUGACCAAGGGACAGACGGUGUGGGAGGCGUACAGAGAGUUUGAGAACGCCAUUCUAUCUACAAUACAGCCUCCCCCUGGCAGGAUUCCCAGCCGUGAGGAGCAGGAGCUGCUGAACGCUCAGCUUGAGCGAAUCCAUACACUGUUUCGCCGCCAGCUGGCCAUCCCCUUAAUGGACAUGGAAGCCACCUAUGCAGAGUAUGAGGAGUGGUCUGAACAUGGUGUGUCUGAGACAGUCAUACAUCAGUAUAAAAAGGCUUUGCAGCAGAUGGAGAAGUGCAAACCUUUUGAAGAGUCACUGCUGGCAGCAGAACCUCCCAAACUGGCAGAGUAUCAGACCUACAUCGACUUUGAACUGAAGGAGGGCGACCCAGCUCGGAUCCAGAUAACCUUUGAGCGGACUCUGGCAGAGAACUGCCUGGUACCAGACAUGUGGGCAAAAUACACCACAUAUCUUGAUCGUCAGCUAAAGAUUAAAGACUUGGUUCUCUCCUCUCAUGAGCGUGCUGUCAGGAACUGCCCAUGGACCAUGGGUCUGUGGAAGAGCUACGUGCUAGCGCUGGAGAGGCAUGGAGCUGACCAUCAGAUCAUCUCAGAUGUUUUUGAAAAGGCGCUGAAUGCAGGUUUCAUUCAAGCAACGGAUUAUGUGGAAAUUUGGCAGGCAUACCUCGAUUACCUGAGGAGACGUGUGGAUUUCAGCAAAGAAUCAAGUAAAGAGUUAGAGGAGUUGCGAGGAGCUUUCUCUCGGUCUAUAGACUACAUGAAACAAGAUGUUGAAGAAAGGUUUGGUGAAAGUGGAGAUCCAUCUUGUAUCAUAAUGCAGAUCUGGGCAAGGAUUGAGGCUCUCCAUUGCAAGAACAUGCAAAAAGCCAGAGAACUGUGGGACACUAUUAUGACCAAAGGGAAUGCCAAGUAUGCCAACAUGUGGCUGGAGUACUAUAACCUUGAGAGGUCUUAUGGGGACCCGGUUCACUGUCGAAAAGCUCUCCACAGAGCAGUUCAGUGCACUUCAGACUACCCUGAGCAUGUGUGUGAAGUCCUGCUCUCCUUCGAGAGGGUGGAAGGUUCUCUGGAGGACUGGGAUGUGGCAGUGCAGAAGACGGAGACCCGGCUGAACAGGAUUAAUGAGCAACGAGCAAAGGUGGCUGAGAAAGAAGCCAUCAUGGCUCGCCAAGAAGAGGAGAGAGCUGAACAGCGGCGGAAGGCCAAGUCAGACAAGAAGGCUCAGAAGAAGUUCCAGAAAGGAACUCGAGCUGGGGAGAAGAGGAAAGCUGAGCAGGAUGACUAUGGUGAUGAGUGGAACGAGGACUCAGAGCAAGCUCCAAAAAGACACAGGGGAAGUGGGGACCAAACCACAGAAGAGCAGAUGGAGACCGAGAUGGGACUGUCUGGGAGAAACGAUCCUCCUGGCUUUAAGCCUGCUCAGCUUGGCUCUAAAAAGGCCCAGCAGGCAGUUGCAGCCGCUGCUCUGAGGCAGAAAGAUGACAGGCCAGAGCUUCGUGACGAUAAAAACAGCGUUUUCAUCAGCAAUCUGACAUACACGCUGGAGGAGCCAGAAGCAAAGCUCAGGACGCUGUUUGAGUCCUGUGGUCCCAUCAAACAGAUUCGUCCUAUCUUCAGCAACAAAGGGAGCUUCAAAGGAUAUGGCUAUGUACAGUUUGAGUCUCCAGUGUCCGUACCUGAGGCCCUGAAGCUGGACAGGCGGGAGGUUGACGGCAGGCCCAUGUUUGUGUCACCGUGUGUGGAUAAAAACAGAAAUCCUGACUUCAAGGUGUUUAAAUACAACACUUCAAUGGAGAAACAAAAAAUUUUUAUCUCUGGGCUGCCGUUUUCAUGCACUAAAGAGCAACUGGAAGAAAUCUGCAAAAGUCAUGGCACCGUCGUAGAUGCUCGUCUGGUCACGUAUCGCUCAGGAAAACCCAAGGGUCUUGCAUAUGUUGAGUUUGCAGAUGAGGCUCAUGCUUCCCAGGCAGUUCUGAAAAUGGACGGCAUGGAGUUACAGGGCAACAAAAUCUCUGUUGCCAUAAGUAACCCUCCUCGCAGAAACAUGGACAAACCUGGUUUCAACAGGCCCAUGACAGACAUGAUGCCUCGGCAGGUCUACGGAGCGAGAGGAAGAGGACGCACCCAGCUCUCAUUGCUCCCUCGUUCCCUGCAUCGGCAGAGUGGGCCUGUGAGCAAAGUGGAGAACGGGACUACAGCUGAGCAGGUGCCGGCGACAACCAGCGCGUCCGCAAACACAGCUGGAGAAACGAAACCUUUGUCGAAUUCAGACUUUGCCAGGAUGCUUCUCAGUAAGUGAGAAGAUCAGCGAGAGAAUUACGACCGCCUUCACACUGAAAGCCAUCAUGUGUCCUUACAAAUUAGUGUUGGUGAUUUUUCUGUAAUUGGUUAUAUGGCCUCCCUUUAAUCUUGUUCUCAUUGUCUGCUCUGCGAGAUUGCCUUAAUCGCCAAGCACCUGCAUCCCUCCGUCACAAACACUCUUCAACCAAGACUUUCCACCAGUGUGACGAGUCGUUUUCAUUUUGGUCUGUUUGAAGGUGGCUAGCAGGCUUUUUUUUUUCUUUUUCUUUUUAAAUAAAAAGUGUAUCAUAUUUGUGUGUAAAUAUAUUGUAUCUAAAAUUGUGCGCCUCAUGUUGCAGAGUGUCUUCUUGUGUAAUGUGAAAGAGAGAGAAGCAUGUGGGAGAGUAUUUUUUUAAGUAUUCAAAACAGCCAAACUUUUGAAUGUUGUUUAAAAAGAGUAUAUGCAAAAGUGCAGAUGUGGUAUAACAUAACUGGUGUGUAUGUGUGUGUGUGUAUGUAUGUAUAUACAUAAGUUGGAUGUGCUGCAGUGAUGAAUAGACAUGUUCUCCAGAUGUUUUUAGGAAACAUAAGGUUUUUGUUGUGUAACUUAUUUUGACCUAUUGAGGACACAGUUAACAAGACUAAAAACAAUUUUCUAACUGUACAGUACAACUAACUAAUUUUUACACAAUGUCAUCUCUGUGUUACCAUCUGCCGUUUUUAUGUCAGUAUUACGAUGCUAUGGAGUACCUCUAGAGGCGCCAGCAAAUUAUUAUAUGUUCACUUGCUUUAUCUUGGCCUCAAGGCAUAUUAGUACAUUAUGGAAACUGCCCUCGUGUCAUGUCACACUGCCAACGCUUCAUCUCACUUGUAGUACCUGUAGAACCACUCUGAGUAUAUGGUUUCAUCAUCGUUAAUGUGACCCGUCUUUGAGGGUAAAAAUUAAAUCUGCUAUGUUAGGCGAUUUUAUGUGCUGUGGAACUAAAGUGAUAUUCAGAUGAAAAUGAACCUUAUUUCCUACACCUUUUAAAAACAGUUCACAUGUGUUAAGUGAUUCGAUGUGCAGACAAAUCCCUGAGUAAUGUGCCUGUGCUUUGGUUUGAUUUAUGAAGUGUUUCUAACGGUUUUCAUCCUUAAACUCCACAUUAAAAAUGUAGAACCACAGCGAUUAUUGAUAGAAAAUUACUUGUUAAAAAUUCAAUUUUAUAUAAAAAUAGCAACCACUUUCUAUUUCCAAGGUCUCCAAAUUGUUUUCUUACAUUAUGGCAGAGCAAACAUUUUGUGUUGUAGGUUGUUGAUGGGACAAAACAAAACAUUUGAUUGCAUCGUCUUGAGCUCCAGCAGAAUGACGGCAGUUUUUGAGUUUUCUCAAGUUUUGUAGGCCAAACACUUGAGAAAAUGAUCUGCUGAUCAUGUCCAUUGACAUGAAUUAGUUUAAGGUGUUAAAGAUUUCUCACAUAGAACCGUAAAUGCCAGAAAGUGCGUGUGGAACUCUGUUGUGUUGUACAAGUGAAUCCUUGAGAUGUUACAAGCUGAACACCUUUUUACAGGUGUUGUUUGGACCUGGUUUUUUUUUCAUGUGUUCACUUGAGUUGAUUUCACUCUUGCAAUGAACUUGGUGUAAGAUGAGUCACAGUUGGCCGACCGAGCCCGAACACUUUGGGCUGUGGCUGUAAUCUACACAUUAGUUAGGCCUGCAGCUCCUUCUACACAACAGAAGAGAAUCUAUGCAGUUUUUCCAUUUCUGUUUUUAGGAGUUGACCAUGUGUUCACUUGUCUUGUUUGGAUAUUAACAAUUCUGUUUGUGUAUAUAAUGUUCAGUAUGAUACUUCAGAAAAGGUCACCCUAGUUUGUAAUAAAUAUAAAUCUAAGUUUUCAGAA